UCGCGGACGCGCGUGCGUCUCGGGGAAAAUGUUGCGCAGGUUCUAAAAUGGAACGUCGGCGGCGGCGGCGUGAGUGAGCGCGAGGGGGUGUGUGGCCGUGACCGUGGCCGUGGCUGUGGCUGUGCGUGGUGUGGGUGCGUGUUUGUGUGCGUGUGUGCGCGCCCGCCCCGGACCCCGCGCACCUUCGGGUGGCAGCAGGCGCAGCAGCAGCGGCGGCCGCCUCCUCUCGAACCCCGGGAUUUUCUGCCCAGCCGCCCCCGCCGCCCUCCCGCAUGGAGCUGUCUGCUAUUGGGGAGCAGGUGUUCGCGGUGGAGAGUAUCCGGAAGAAGCGCGUGCGCAAGGGUAAAGUGGAAUACUUGGUCAAGUGGAAAGGAUGGCCCCCAAAGUACAGCACAUGGGAGCCAGAAGAACACAUCCUGGACCCCCGCCUUGUCAUGGCAUAUGAAGAGAAAAAUUCGGACCCAAGAAGGUGGAUUUACUUUCUCAAGGUCACCUUGGCAGUCUACAGAUCCAGCACUAGAACCCGGAGUUCCUGGGAGGAGAAAGAUCGUGCAUCCGGGUGUAGGAAAAGAGGUCCGAAGCCCAAACGGCUGCUGCUGCAGAGGCUGUACAGCAUGGAUUUGCGCAGUGCCCACCAGGUGAAGGGGAAGGAGAAACUCUGCUUCUCCCUGGCCCGCCAGUUUGGCGGCAGCGGCGCCCCCGAAAGGGUGGGUAGGGCGGGCCCAGCACAGCUGGAGGAGAAGAGCAGCAGCGGCGUACCCACCCUGCCCUUCCCGCUCAGGAAGCAGAACAAGGCCCAGAAGUACCUGCGGCUGUCCCGAAAGAAGUUCCCACCCCGCCUGGAGGGCCGUGGCCAGCUUAGAGAGACCUUCCUGGAGGAGCCCGCUGCCCAAGAGGCCACACAGGACACCAGCGAGUGGGACGAGGCCACAGCUACCACCCCCCCUGCUGAGCAGCAUCCUGGCAAAGAGGGUGGUGACCUGACUGCAGGGGGCCUUCCCUGGAUCCCCACGCACCCCCCUUCCGAAGUGACGGUGACUGAUAUCACAGCCAACUCCAUCACCGUCACCUUUCGGGAAGCACAGGCCGCUGAAGGCUUCUUCCGGGACCGGAGCGGGCAGUUCUGAACUUCUCCAUUCUGACCCCUCUUUAAGUGGUUGUCUGGGAGUUUGGGGCUCAGGCCAGAGGAGGUGUGGGAGGAGGGCAAUGCAGUUAUUUUAUUUUAAAAGACAAACUCCUAACAAUCCCAAGAGAGAAAAAGAGAGCUGAACAGAGAUGCUCUCUGCUCUCCAGUUCACCCUCGAUCCUGUACAAUGAUGUUUACAGAAGUUUGCUGGGGGUGGGGGGUGGGGAGGAAUGGGGUGAUCUUGGGGGACUGUUGUCACUGGCAUUGACCUUACCUGAGCUAAAUGGCUCAGGUCGGGUAAGCCCAGGCAGGGAAGAGGGAGGAGGGAGAAGGCGGAGGACCAGGUGAUGGCAAGGAGCCUUCCCCGUCCUGGGGCUCCAGGACUGAGGUGGCUUGGCCAGAACUGACUGCAGUUUAUCCAUGCUCUGAGCUAGGCCUUUCCCAGAGGCCCUUGGGCCAAUUUCUGGCGCCUGUGCAGGGGUGGGCGGCAAGGGAAGAAGUGGGAGCUUCCCUCUCACCCUAAAAUACAAAACCCUUCCUCCUUCCCUGGCCAUGUGCAAACAACUCAGUGUGAAUGGGGCAUUUAUCUACUUCCACUCCAGAAAGCAAGGAUUCCAGUGUUUAUGCUGUAAGGAAGGGGCUUUUGUUUUAAAAAAAUAAUCCAGUUCUGUGAUCCACAUCCGGGGGGGGAGCCCCUAAUAUGAAAGCUCCCUCUUCUGGAUCAGAUCGGCACCUCCUCUGAAAGCGAGAAACUUCAGUCUCGGAAAGCCGCCAGGGCGCUGAUACAUGUCCAGCCAGUGUGUCUGAGGCUGGACCUGCACCCAUGUCUUCCUUCCUCCGGCCAGAUCUCCAGCCAUGCUGCCUUUUGGGGUCACGUUCUGCCCUCUCCCAACACACACACACACACACACACACACACACACACACACACCCCACAUACAUACACAUAUGAUUCUUCACCAUCACAACAGCUGUCAUUCCUCAAGCACAUGAAGGUUUCCAAAGCACUUUUCCUCAUAGCAGGUAGGGAGUGUAUUAUAUAUUUCCCCAUUUUACAGAUGGGGACACUGAGACUCCCCCCAAAAGGAAAUAAAGUGAUUGAACUGUUGGAGCCAG